AUGCCCCGCUGCCUAUGCUCAAACUGUGAGCCUCGCGCUGCUUGCAGGCUCAUGUCAUUACAACCAAAUUUAACAAAUGCCAACUUCGAUGAGAUCGUGUUAUCAGCUGAUGAAGAAGAGCCAGCACCUGGCAACCCAUCUGGUUGUGAUUCUAUAGUUUCGAAAACAGUAACAAUGAAUACUUGUAAAGAAGAAGAUCCGAUCAGGACCAUUCCCGUAAUGCUCGACCUUUUCAAUCGCAUUCGCACAAACUUUGACACACUGUAUGAAUCAACAUUUCACGAUGAUGAUUCAUUAUAUACUGCAUCUGACCUACUCAACACACAAGUGGUAUGGAACUUGGUCAAGAACUGCCGGGAAAUUCGUAAUGGACAACGACUACCAGAGAUCUUGGGGAGUGAGACUAUACGUGGGUGCUUUAGCAACAUUGUGGCUAGUGUGGAAAGCUGGUUUGAAAGUGAAAUGUAUAAAUCAUACAUGUUGACUAACAAUAAUAUUUAUCCUUGGUUACCACAGCCACGGAUAAAUAAAAGAAAGGAGGAUUUUGGAAGCGGUCCAAGCAAACGUCUCCGCGCAGGCCUCGAAAAGACCACUCAAACAGGUGGUAACCAUCAACAGGGAGAGCCUUCAAAUUAUCAACACGCUGAUCUACAUUCAGGUUUCUUGAAUAAAUCAUCCAAAGAACCUGGUAAUUUCAAACCAACAACCGUUCAAUUCGAAAAUGAAGGCUUCAAGUUGUCUAAGAACCACUCAAGAACAAUCAAGAACUGUAAAUACCUUAUAUAA